AUGGACAUCGGCGGAGGAGAGGGUCCGACACCUGAGGAGAAGGAGAAACUGCAACAAUUAGAAACCGAAAGACUCGAUGCUCUCCGGGAGGCGGAGGAGAGACGUCAGGAAAAGCACAGGAAAAUGGAAGAGGAGAGGGAAGGCAUGAGACAAGGCAUCAGAGAUAAGUACGGGAUUAAGAAAAGAGAGGAAAAGGAGGCGGAGCUCAAGAAGGAAAUGGAAGAGCGUAUGGGAACCGCCGCCGGAGGUGUCAAUCGGUCCAAAAAGACACCCGAAGAGAUCGCCGCCGAAGCUGCUGCGGCUGACCAGGAUGAUUUUACCAAAUUAAAAAAUUCAAUCGAAACACAAGUGAAUGAUAUAAAGGGUCAGAUCGAAGAGAAGUGUUCAAUACAAUAGAUUUCACCACAAAUUAUAUUAUAUAUAAUUAUUAUUAAUAGUAUAUACAAAACGGUUUCAAAAUAUAUAUUAAUAUUAUAUAUAAUUAAUUACAAAAAUAACAUUUAAACAUUUAUAUCCGUCGUUUGAAGACUCAAUACAAAUACCAUACAAAUACAAAAGACAAACUGAAAAACAUAUAUAACAUUACUAUUAAUAUU